UUUUUGCUCCUCCUCCUCGUCAUGCCCACAUUCGCCAUCAACGGCCAGCUUAUCGCGGCGCCGAUAACUUACACCACCGCUUCUUCUUAUCUCUCCUCUCGCCGUCAAUAUUCAUCCCUAUACUCGUCACGCGAACUCCGUUUCAACUCACCUCCCCCUCGCCUCCCAUCGUUAACUUGCUCCUCAACAAGCUCACGUAAUCAGACGAAGCGUUCUUCUAACGGUAAUAUCCGUAAGUCACUUGCGCAAUCUCUCGUUGUCACCUCUGUUUCCUCCGCCGCGUCUCUGUUUCUUCCACGACUCUUUUCUCUUCUUUCGAUUCUAAAAGGCGGUGGCGGUGGAGGAGGAGGCGGUGUAGGUGGAGGAGGAGGAGGCGGAGGCGGAGAUGGCGGAUUUUGGAGGGAUUUGUUUUUCUUGGCACGAGUGGCCGUAGCUGACGAAGAACCGUCACCGGAAUGGGAUUCUCACGGUUUACCGGCGAACAUUGUUGUACAGUUGAACAAGCUAAGUGGUUUGAAAAAGUAUAAAAUCUCAGAUAUAAUCUUCUUUGAUCGACGGAGUAAAGCCAACGCCGAAACAGAGGAUUCUUUCUUCGACAUUGUAUCGAUUCAGCCAGGAGGAGUCUACACAAAAGCUCAGUUGCAGAGCGAGUUAGAAACCCUAGCUACUUGUGGUUUCUUUGAUAAAAUCGAUUUCGAAGGGAAGACGAAGCCUGACGGAACCCUAGGUGUUACAUUCUCUUUCGUGGAGAGCAGGUGGCCAGCCACGGAGAGGGUUCGAUGCAUCAACGUAGGGCUAAUGGCACAACUUAAGCCGGUAAAGAUUGAUCAAGACAUGACAGAGAAAGAGAUGAUUGAACAUUUGAGGAGUCAGGAGAAAGAUUACAAGCAGAGGAUUGAGAAGGCAAGACCUUGUUUGUUGCCUGGAUCAGUUCAGCGAGAGGUGAUGCAUAUGUUAAGGGAUCAAAGGAGUUUAAGUGCGAGGUUUUUGCAGAAGGUUACAGAUCGAGCUCUUAAAUGGUACCAAGACAAAGGGUAUGUGUGUGCUAAUAUGAAUAUUGGAUGCUUGAACAGUAAGGAACUUGUUCUUGAAGUUGUGGAAGGAGAUAUAACAAAGUUGGUUAUUCAGUUUCAAGAUAAGCUUGGAAAUGUAGUUGAAGGUCACACACAGAUCCCUGUCGUGCGGAGGCAAAUUCCCAAACAGCUUCGUCCAGGUCAUGUGUUCAACAUGAAAGUUGCGAACCAAGCUGUGCAGAACAUUCACUCUUUAGGCUUGUUCUCUAAUACAGAGAUAAUUCCAAUUCCAGAUGAGAAAAAUGAAGGAGGUUUAAUUCUUGAUUUCAAGCUUAAGGAGAAAGAUCAGAGAUCAGUAGACGUAACUACAGAUUGGGAUAUUGUUCCUGGACCCCAAGGGUAUCCUUCAUUGGCUUCGCUUCAGCCAGGCGGGACUGUUUCUUUCGAACAUAAAAACAUCAAGGGCCUUAAUCGAUCUCUCAUGGGUUCAGUGUCCACUAGCAACCUUUCGAAUCCUGAGGAUGAUCUUUCGUUUCAGUUUGAGUAUGUACAUCCAUAUCUUGACGGUGUUUCCAAUCCUAGAAACCGUACUUUCAAAACAAGCUUCUUCAACACCGGUAAACUUAGCCCAGUGUUCACUGGAGGACCUGGCUUUGAGGAAGGAGUGGCUCCAAUCUUGGUGGAUCGAGCUGGUGGAAAAGCUACUAUAACUGAGGACUUCACACGUCAGAGUAAACUUACAUAUGGACUUGUGUUGGAAGAAAUAACAACCAGAGAUGAAAACAAACAAAUCGCUUCAAAUGGUCUGGUGUUAUUGCCUAAUGGAGCAAUCAAUGUUGACGGACCUCCAACAACUCUCAGUGGUACCGGUACUGAUCGUAUAGCCUUUCUACAAGGCAACAUAACCCGAGACACCACCAAGUUUGUGAAUGGUGCUAUUGUUGGAGAUAGAAAUAUCUUUCAGGUGGAUCAAGGCUUGGGUAUAGGAAGCAAGUUCCCACUCUUCAACCGUCACCAACUAACCUUAACAAAGUUCAUUCAGCUGAUGCAAGUAGAAGAAGGACCCGGUAAACAAGAACCACCAGUUCUAGUCCUCCAUAGCCAUUAUGGUGGCUGCGUAGGUGAUCUUCCAAGCUAUGAUGCUUUUGCUCUUGGAGGACCUAAAUCUGUUCGAGGUUACACCAUGGGAGAGCUCGGUGCAGCUAGAAACAUUCUCGAGGUUAGUGCUGAGAUUAGAGUACCUGUGAAGAACACACAUGUGUAUGCAUUUGCUGAGCAUGGAAACGAUUUGGGAAGCUCAAAAGAUGUGAAAGGUAAUCCCACGGCCGUGUACAAGAGAAUGGGACAUGGUUCAUCUUAUGGUGUUGGUGUGAAACUCGGUCAGAUACGAGCUGAAUUUGUUGUAGAUCACAAUUGUGGAACCGGUGCUCUGUCUCUCCAGUUCGGAGAGAGAUAUUGAGGUUUAAGUUUGACACGUCUUGCAAAAGA